UGUGUGUGUGUGUGUGUUUGUGUGUGUGUGUGUGUGAUAAAGGUAGUCCCGCUAUUUAUUCUUCACCUUCCAUCAUCAACAAAUCAAGAAAAAUAUAAAGAAGAAGAAAUUAAAAAAGGAAAGAAAACAAAAGGAAAGGAAAAAGCAAAGGAACCUUACGACGUGGUACUGAAGGAAUUAAAAUAUACAAUAGCUUCCAGUCCCUCGCUCCGCCUCCCUUUAGUUGCCUAUGCGCAGGAAACAGGGACAGUGUUCAGCGUUGACCCCACCCGCACAUGAAGUGACUGCGUGAGCCACUGAUCCCUGCCAUACUAGUGAAAACCAGACAAGGGUAAAGACACAAUAAUACUUCACUGCAUCUGAGAGCGGCACCACGUGAUGAUGAUGUCCACAAAGAUGAUGACGAUGGUGAUGGUAGUGAUGGUGGUGGCAAUACUCCAGCCGCCCCUCACCAGUGCUGCGAAUAUUUUCACAGCGUUUACUCGAGGCUUUGAACGCCAGGAGGAAAUUCAGACCCUGGCUUUGAACAAGGGGAGAGGGUGGGAGUCCCGCGAGGUGCCCAGCAAGGUGUGGGUGUGCACUGGACAACAACGGUCAGCCAGCGACGGCCAGAUCACCUCCGCGGAACAGAUGAGGGCCUUCCUACGUCUCUUUGCCUAUCUAAACGGCAGGAAUAGCAAAGACCAGGAGCUGCCCAUGGGAAAGCCAGUUUCCAUCGAGGUCAAGACAGCUGCUGACGGAUCACGGGAGCUGAACGCCUGCUUCUUCCUACCGGAGCGGAUACAGGCUGACCCCCCAACGCCCACUGAUCCCCUGGUGUUCCUGUCACAGCGCCCCACCCUCACGAUCUUCACCAGGAAAUUUGGCGGGUUUGCAUCUGACGAGGAAACCUGGAUGACGGAGGCACAAGGACUGAAGGGGGUGCUAACGGCGGAGGGAAUAGACACACGGGGUGACCUGCAGUAUUGGAACGCAUACGACCCUCCUCACAAGUUUUGGUCCAGACGUAAUGAAGUGUGGUUGGUGAAGCCAGAUGAGGAACAAGCCUAAGCCAAUGUUUCACUCUUGACUCUUGGCUUUAACAGACUUUCAUUGCUGUUAUACGUAAUUAGCUUUUAAUCUCAUGGGUUGAAGGUAAUAGUAAAAUUAAAUUAUAUAACUUGACAUCUUCCAUAUGUGUUUUCUAGCUGAAGGUUUAAUGCUUAAUCUUGAAAUUUUUUUUUUUUUUUUUUUUUAGCAAUAUCCUUAACGAAGAAUUAAUAAAGUAUUCCAUCA